AAUUGUCGCCCGGAGUUCAAAAUAGCAAAACCGCGCUUGUGGUGGAACAUGGCGGCGUGUAGUGGCGGAGGGUCUCCUAGCUCCCGGGGGCGUGCGGACGGGGAGGAUGCGGGACCCUCGGAUGAACUUCUGUGGGAAAGGGCGAAAGAUAAUGAGGAGUCGUUCGAAUGCCAGGAGCUGUUCGAGUGUCAGGCUGAGAUGGGGGCCCCGGAGGAAGAGAAGGAUGAGGGCUUGGUGGCGGAGGCUGAGGCGGUAGCUGGCGGCUGGAUGCUGGAUUUCCUCUGCCUCUCUCUCUGCCGAGCCUUUCGCGACGACCGCUCCGAGGACUUCCACCGAAUGCGCGACAGCGCAGAGGCUAUUAUUCAUGGAUUAUCCAGUCUAACAGCUUAUCAAUUAAGAACUGUGUAUAUAUGUCAGUUUUUGACAAGAAUUGCUGCAGGAAAAGCUCUUGAUGCACAGUUUGAAACUGAUGAACGAAUCACACCCUUGGAAUCAGCCCUGAUGAUUUGGGAUUCAAUUGAAAAGGAACAUGACAAAUUUCAUGAAGAAAUACAGAAUUUAAUUAAAAUUCAGGCUAUAGCUGUUUGCAUGGAAAGUGGCAAUUUUAAGGAAGCAGAAGAAGUCUUUGAAAGAAUAUUUGAUGGCUCACAUACGUCUUUACAAAGGAAAUUGCUUAAGAUAAUCUCUCAGAAAGAUACGUUUCAUUCCUUUUUUCAACACUUCAGCUAUAACCACAUGAUGGAGAAAAUUAAGAGUUUUGUGAAUUAUGUGCUUGAUGAAAAAUCAUCAACAUUUUUAAUGAAGGCAGCAGCAAAAGUAGUGGAAAGUAAAAGAGCAAGAACAGUUCCUCAAGAGAAGCCUAAUGGUACUGAUACUGACAUGACAACUCAAGCUGAUUUGGAUACAGACAAAAGUGUUAAUGACAAACCAUCUGCAGUAACUGAGUCCUCACGGGAUAUAGUAUCCUUAAUGAGGUCUCACAAGAAUCUCUUCUUAUCUAACUCACAACAUGGUUGCCACCCACAAGAUUCUAAUGAGGAAGAAGAAAGACAAGAAACUCUUAAAAGUAGAAGAAAGACAGAGAAAAACAGACAAGCAACCAAAAGAAUGAGUGUUUUAAACAAUCAGCCAGAAACUUCUAAAAAUCAUCGCUCUAGGAAAAAACAGGCAUGGCUUUGGGAAGAAGACAAGAAUCUGAGAUCUGGGGUGAGGAAAUAUGGAGAAGGAAACUGGUCUAAAAUACUAUUACAUUAUAAAUUCAACAAUCGAACGAGUGUCAUGUUAAAAGACAGAUGGAGGACUAUGAAGAAGCUAAAAUUGAUUUGCUCAGACAGUGAUGACUGAAUAUGUAAAAGUUUGAUAAACGGACAGUUAAAUAUUUUGAUCAUCAUGUUUUGUUUGAAACUGGGUGGUCAUAGAUAUAUCUUAAAAUUUGUGUUUAAAGCAUUAUAGUAUUUUUCUGAGACAGUCAAUAUGAGGAUUUGUGUUAUGAGUAAUAUGCCAUCACUGUAUUCUUUAAGAGCCUUUUACUUGGUAAAAUGUAAAUAUGUCAACCCUGAUGUUUUCAUUACCUUUAUCCCCAAAUCCUGUACCGAUUAAAAAAAAAAUGAAAACUUGGUGAAAGAAAAAA